AUGUCUGAGGGUGUAGCGCAGUUGAAGCAUGAGGGCUCCCAGUGGCAAGUGGUGAUUGCAGGUGCAGUUGCAGGUCUAGUCUCACGCUUUGUGAUCGCGCCCCUCGACGUCAUCAAGAUCCGCCUGCAGCUUCAAAUCCACUCCCUGUCCGACCCCUUCAGCGUUCGCCAUGUCCAGGGCCCUGUGUAUAAGGGAACGCUGGGCACCCUCAAGCAGAUUCUGCGCGAGGAGGGCCUCACUGGCCUGUGGAAGGGCAACAUACCCGCCGAGCUCAUGUACUUGACAUACGGCAGCGUCCAGUUCUCAGCCUAUACAUACGUCUCGCAUAUACUCGAGGCAAUUCCUCCACCCUACACCCUGCCCGGUUCGGUGACCAACUUCGUCAGCGGCGCUUCAGCUGGUGCUGCCGCGACGACGCUCACAUAUCCGCUCGAUCUCCUCCGCACGCGUUUUGCUGCUCAAGGAACCGAACGCGUAUACACGUCCAUUGUCGCUUCUCUAAGGCACAUUGCGCAGCAUGAAGGCCCCACUGGUUUCUUCCGCGGUCUUGGAGCUGGCGUCAGCCAGAUUGUCCCGUACAUGGGCCUCUUCUUUGCCAGCUACGAGAGUUUGAAGCCAAUUACCGCCGCCUCUCCAGUUCACUUACCACUUGGAAGCUCAGAUGCCGUGGCAGGUAUCAUGGCAAGUAUCCUUUCCAAGACCGCUGUCUACCCGCUCGAUACGACGCGCAAGCGACUGCAGGUCCAAGGCCCGACCCGAGAGCGCUACGUUCAUCGGAACAUACCUACAUAUACUGGUGUAGUUAGCACCUUGGCUCAUAUCUGGAAACACGAAGGAAGGCGGGGUAUGUAUCGCGGCCUGACCGUCAGUCUGCUCAAAGCAGCACCAGCCAGCGCCGUCACUAUGUGGACGUACGAAAGAGUAAUGGGCGCUAUGUUGGCUUUCGAGGAAAAACACAAGGAUUGA